AUGAGUAGGUUACAUUCAAAAAGCCUCAGUUAUGUAUUAGGUGUUAAUGAAAAUGAUAAAUCUCAUGUCUUACCAAUAAAUACAAUUAGAUCAAAUGAAACACAUUUAUUCACAGGUGGUAGAGAUGGGGUAGUGGCAAGUUAUGAUAAUCAUACAAAUAAUAUUUCUCAUGGUCAAAUUCAUACAGAUUGGGUUAAUGAUAUUCAAUUAUUUAAUGAAAAUUCUCUUGUUAGUUGUUCAUCUGAUCUUAGUGUUAAAUUAUGGAAUUAUGAACUAAAUAAAUUCGAAUUAAUAGGUCAUCAUCAUGAUUAUGUUAAAUCUUUAGCAAUUUCCAAUUCAGGGUCCAUAAUAACUGGUGGUCUUGAUAGAUUUAUUAAUAUAUGGGAUGUAACUCAAAAAACAAAAAUUGGUGCUUUUGAAAAUAAAUUAGAUAAUGAUAAAGGCUCUAUUUAUUCUAUAUCAUCAAACAAACAAACUGGUCUUGUUGCAUUUGGUGAUAAUGAUUCAAACAUUCAAUUAUUUGAUCCAAAUACUUUUAAACCAAUAGUGGCAUUAAAUGGUCAUACUGAUACUAUAAAAUCAUUAAUCGUUGGAGAAAAUUAUUUAUUAUCAGGUUCAUCAGAUAAAAAAGUUAAUCUUUGGGAUCUUAGAACAAAUCAUAUUUUGAAAAGUUUUAAUUUUGAAAAUUCAAUAUGGUCAUUAUAUUCUGAUGAUUUAGAAUUUAAUGAAUUUUAUACAGGUGAUUCCCAGGGCCGGUUAUAUCAUACUAACCAAGAUUUAACUCGGGUUAUUGGAUCGGGGAGUAGAGGUGUAUUAUCAAUAAAUAAAUUUCAAGAUGAAAUAUGGUCAUCAUCAAUGGAAAAUUCAAAUUUAACAAAUUGGACAACUCCAAUAAAGACAAUUGAAGGUGAUUAUGGUAUGAUUAAAGCUAGAUUAUUGAAUAAUAGACGUUAUGUCGUAACAUUGAGUACUUCAGAAGAAGUUAAAUUAUGGGAUAUUGUAAAAGGUAUUGAAUUAAGAAAUUUUGGUAAUAAUGUUGGAUUUGAAGAUGUUAUUGAUAAAUAUCAAACUGAGGAAAUUUUACCAACUUGGUGUCGUGUAUCUAUUAAAGCUGGAAGAUUAUUUAUUAGUUUAAGUGAAUCAAGUUAUUUGAAUACAGAACUUUAUGGUGAUGAUUUUGAGGAAUAUGGAUUAAAAUUAGACCCCGAGACAAGAUUUAGUAUUGGUAAAAUUGUUAUUCAAUCAAUUUUUCAAAAAUUUAUACAAUAUCAAUUGAAAAAAGAUAAUGAUUUAAGAGAACAAAGAAUUAAAGAUAUUAAAGGUGUUUCUAAAUUACAUAUUUUAUCUAAAUUAUCAUCACAUGAUUCAACUCCAAUACAAUCAUUACCUCAAUCAGCAGCUCAAACACCAAUUGAUGAACAUAAGACAUUUUUCAGUGAUAAAUUAUCAGAUACUCUGAGUUCAUUACCACCUUCAUCAGCACCAGCUGUAUUAACACAAGAAAGUGAACCAAUUAAUAUAUCAACAAAGCAAAAAAAAGAUGAAAAUGGAACUUCAACACCUUCAAGUUUUAGAAAAUUAAGAUUAUUUGGUAAGAAAUCUAAAACACAAGUUCCAAUAUCUGAAGAGCAAUUGAAUAAUGAAUCAGAUUUACAACCACCACCACCACAAACUGCACCAAAUUUAUCAAAUAAUAUUAAUAAUAACGAUACCACUACCACAGAACCAAAAGAAUCACAAUUAACUCAACAAUUACAAUCUUUACAAUUAAAUCAAACAAAUGGUACAGAUAAUCAAUCAAAUAAAUCACAACCAAAUUCAGAACCUGGUUCCAAAGAUCCAAGUAGAAAAUCUUCAAAUGUUGAAAUUGAAGAUACUUUCCAAUCUGUCUUGAAUGAAAUCAAAUCAAUUUAUGAUUCAUUACACCAUGUUCAUCAAUUACAUAAUACCCAAUUAACUCCAUUACCUCAUGCAGAUGCACCAAUAAUUGAAUUACCAAAUGAUUUAAUUAUAAUUAUAAAUGAACGUAUUGGUGGUUCAAGUAAUGAAAUUGAUCUUUAUAGUGAAUUUCUUGAUGAUUUAAAAUUCCCAAUCUUGGAACAAUUCUUACCAAAAUGGAUUGGUAACCUAUUACUAAAGAAUAAAUAUAAUAUAAAAGAAUUCCCAAAAGUUGGAUUCACAAUAUCAAGACAUCCAAAUAUUACAAAUGUUCCAAAUAUAACAAAUGGUAAUUGCAGAUUAAAUGCAUAUAAUAUGCUUAGAGUUAGAAGAAUCUUAACUUAUAUAACUGAUAGAAUGGAAUCCAAGACUUCAGAAAUGCAACAUCAUGUUAAAGCUGAAGAAUGGUUAGAAGUUUUAUGUAAUGAUGAAGUAUUACCUGAAACUAUGACUUUAGCUACUUUAAAAGCAACAAGAUGGAAAACAAGUGGUGAUAUUCAAAUUACUUAUAGACGUAAAAAUGAAUCAUCAAAAUGA